UUUCGUGGCCUCCUCCUGCCCCCACCUUUGGGGCCUUCCGCACCCGAGCCUGGGGGUGGCCGGUGAAGGGACUGGGGGCUCCUCCUCCGGAGCCCCGUGAACCAGGCAGUGAGUCAGAAGGGGAAGGGGAAGUAGGGGGCCUCGACUGGGGGCUGGGCUUUCCCCUGGGUGGGACCUGAGUCCCUUGCCUGCCCGAGGGUGCUCCCUGCCCCAGCCCCUGAAAGCAGAUCCCGCCUGAGCCAUGGCCCCAAGACUUGUCCUGGUCCUCACCCUCACCUUCUGGGUGGGUUGCUCACUUUGCUGCGGGAGAGAAGCAGCUCCCACCCAGCCCAGGGUGCGGUGCCAGGCCUCUAGGUACCCGAUCGCAGUGGAUUGCUCCUGGACCCUGCCGCCCACUCCAGACUCCUCCAGGCCCACGUCCUUCAUUGCCACGUACAGGCUUGGCGUGGCAGCCCAUGGGGAGAGCUGGCCCUGCCUCCAGCAGACACCAGAGGCCACCAGCUGUAUCAUCCCUGACAUCCAGAUGUUCUCCAUGGUGCCCUAUGUGCUCAACAUCACGGCCGUCCACCCCCGGGGCGUCAGCAGCAGCUUCGUGCCGUUUGUCCCAGAGCACGUCAGUGAGUAGGGGCAGCGGUGGGGGUGUGGAGGGUCCCCC